GUAUCUGUGCAUUUAUUCAACAACUAAAUUUUAUUUGACUAAUUAUUUCACCACCCCCGUUUCAUUGUCUAUAUUUGGUAAAGGAAAUUUAACGGUGCAUUAUAAGAAGUGGCGUCAGCAAAAAUACAGACCCGACCUGACCGGCGUUUGUUUGUGGAGGUCAACUUCCUGAUAAGGAAAAGUAAUUGCAAAUUACAAUAAGUAGGGUCAAAACAACCAAUCGUGCCACACUUUUCACGAGACUUGUACUGGGCAUGCGCAAAUGACAACAGGAAAUAAAGACCAACAUUUCCCUUUCGUCAACAAAAUUUCAAUAGUGAUUUUCAACGCGGAUUUUUCGGGUAUAAGCCCGAUUGAAGAUGGGCUAUGACAUAAAUCGGUUUGAAGGUGAUGUUGACGAAGAGCUGAUCUGUGCCAUAUGUAGUGGAGUACUAGAGGAGCCUUUACAGGCUCCUCAGUGUGAACAUGCCUUUUGUUCAGGCUGUAUUCACGAGUGGCUAACCCGUCAGCCAACUUGUCCAGUAGAUCGCAAUUCUAUCACUCCAAACCAGCUGAAACCUGUGCCUCGCAUACUUAGGAAUCUGUUAGCAAGACUGAGUAUUGCUUGUGACAAUGCUGGAUUUGGCUGCACAACUAUUGUGAAAUUGGACAUGUUACAGACACACCUUCAAGAGUGUGAGCACAACCCAAAGAAACCUGUUCAUUGUGAGCAGGGAUGUGGACUGAUUAUCCCCAAAGAUGAACUGAAGGAUCACAAUUGUGUGCGUGAAUUGAGGCAACUUGUUCAGCAGCAGCAAUGUAAAAUGGCAGACAUGCAAACAGAGCUGUCAGAAAAUAAAUUACAAAUGGGAGAAAUGAAAAGAGAGAUACAGCUUUUGAAGGAGUACAUGCGGAACAUGAGGGCGCCAGGUGCCAGCUCCAGAAUUCGAGAGAUUCAGUCAGAGAUAGAAAGUGAUGAUGUCCAUAGGUGGGUGUCCUCAUUGACCUCAGCCAGGGUAACACGUUGGGGUGGUAUGAUUUCCACUCCAGAUACAGUCUUACAAGCAGUGAUAAAAAGAGCGCUUAUAGACAGCGGUUGUCCAACACACAUUGUAAAUGAACUCAUGGAAAAUGCUCAUGAAAGAAGGUGGCCACCGGGACUAAGUACUCUAGAAACGAGACAGCUAAAUAGAAGACAGUAUGAACAGUAUGUCACCAAAAGAAUUCCAGGCAAACAGGCAGUUGUAGUUAUGUCUUGUGAAAAUCAGCACAUGCCAGAAGAUUUAUUACUGGAACCUGGAUUAGUAAUGAUUUUUGCACAUGGAGUAGAGUAAAGGUAGACCACCAAUCUGUU